CUCAAUUCCAUUAAUCCAGAUGAUUUCUGCAUAAAGGGAGGAAAAUGCAUUCGGCUCAUAUAAUGUGCUUUGGGCAUUGGUGUAUAUAUAGAAGUUACGCGAGACUUCUGUGUUCGUCUUUUAUUUUGAUAUGCUUGAUUGUUUCUUGAAUUCGUGUAUUUAAAUUUUAUAAGGCCUGAAAUUUCAAUUAAGUGCUUUUUUACAAAGUACCGCUCAGACUCAAUUCAGUACCGUGCUGUGAGCGCCAUGUAAAAAUUGUCCUCCUAUUUGAUUGGACAAAAUCCCACCAACGCUGCAGCCAAUGGGUGAAUAGAGUGUUGCUAUAAGAGAGACGCUCCGCUAGUUCGUGUUAUUCUUUCUUCUCUUAGAACAAGAUUGAAAAUGAGUGGGCGGGGUAAAACCGGUGGUAAGGCAAGAGCGAAGGCUAAGACUCGUUCAUCGAGGGCAGGACUGCAGUUUCCUGUAGGUCGCGUUCACCGAUUGCUGCGUAAAGGAAACUAUGCCGAGCGUGUUGGUGCCGGUGCUCCAGUUUAUCUGGCUGCUGUGCUCGAGUAUCUGACUGCUGAAAUUCUGGAGCUGGCUGGUAACGCGGCCCGCGACAACAAGAAAACUCGCAUCAUUCCCAGACAUCUGCAGCUGGCAGUGCGUAACGACGAAGAGCUGAACAAACUGCUUGGAGGCGUCACUAUCGCCCAGGGCGGAGUAUUGCCCAACAUCCAAGCUGUUCUGCUCCCCAAGAAAACUGAGAAAGCGGUCAAGGCGAAGUAAUUUUUGCAGCGCUUUAAUGAGGACCAUUCACCCAAAGGCUCUUUUAAGAGCCACCUACAUUUGUGUGAAGAGCGCAAAGCAUCCGUUUUAACUUGCAUCUGUAUGAUCCUUGAAUAGGUUUGUGCCGUACAGUGCCGCUGCGUCAUUCGUAUGUAAUUUUAAAGUAGUCUUCGGGUUCUGGGGACCAUUGUGUGCUGGUUGCCCAAAACGCACGUGUGACCAGAACUUUUCUGCAAGAUUUGACGAACAUUCUAAUGACAAAAAGGGAAACUGGUUGUGUAUUAGCAUCACUGUAAUUAAAUUGCGGAAACCAGAUGUAAAAUGAUAAUGGGAAAUGUCUUCAUUAAAAGGGUUACUGUUAUCAAAUUGUAACGGCCUUGUAAAGGAAACCAACUCUGGACCUACUGAGUUGGAAUGGGCUGAAAUCGAUGUUCAGCUUUUGUGAUUUCUAGAAGAGUUUUUUUUUAAAUGUAAUUUGUUUUAGUAUGUACGUCCUUUGUUGAAGUAUUGUGAAAUGUUUUAUAUAAUCAAUAAAGCUCUUUAAAGAACCCCAAACGAUUGGGGUUACCAGAA